UGUAUUAUAUUGUAUUCCUGUGUUUUUCUUUACCGGCUUGUGCCUGGGGCUCCCCCCUUAACACAGCCAUUGGUUUGUGUGCGUCGCGUGAGGAUUUUGGUGUGACUGGGAGGUCGCUGGUGACCCGGAAGUCAAGUCCGGCUCUUCCUGGGAGGGGGGGAACAGUUGUGAGGGAAGCGAUGGCUGCCGGGCGCCGGACCCAGCUCUCCCCCCAGCGCUGAGCGAGGGUGGCCGCCCUCGCCUGGGACUCCCCACGAAGUCACGGUCCAGGAUGGCGGAGCUGAUGGCGGCGGGGGAUGGGCCGCCCCGGGGCCGUACGCCCAGCCCGGUACUAGGGGGCAUCCCGGUUCCUCCCGGGCCGCCGAGCCCCCGCCUGGCCGGGCCUGCCUGUUCCGGAGGGGGGCUGUCCCCGCGUAGCUCCGAGCCGCCCGUCGCGGACAGGCCUGGCUCCGGCUCCAAGUGGGUCCGGCUCAAUGUGGGCGGCACAUACUUCGUGAGCACCCGGCAGACCCUGUGUCGGGAGCCCAAGUCCUUCCUGUGCCGCCUCUGCUGCCAGGACGGGCCCGAGCUGGGCUCGGACAAGGAUGAGACAGGGGCAUAUCUCAUCGACAGGGAUCCCACUUAUUUUGGUCCGAUCCUGAACUACCUCCGACAUGGAAAACUCAUAAUAAACAAGGAGCUGGCAGAAGAAGGGGUACUGGAAGAAGCCGAGUUUUACAAUAUUGCAUCCCUGGUGCGUCUGGUGAAGGAGCGGAUACGGGACAAUGAGAACAGAACCUCUCAAGGACCCGUGAAACAUGUGUACAGAGUCCUGCAAUGCCAAGAGGAAGAGCUCACACAGAUGGUGUCCACUAUGUCCGAUGGAUGGAAAUUUGAACAGCUAAUCAGCAUUGGAUCUUCCUAUAACUAUGGAAAUGAGGACCAGGCAGAAUUCCUCUGUGUCGUCUCAAGGGAGCUCAAUAACUCUACCAAUGGCAUUGUCAUCGAACCUAGUGAGAAGGCAAAGAUUCUUCAGGAGCGAGGAUCCCGGAUGUGAUCCACGUGUCUGGUUCUGUUAUACUCCGAGAUGUCAAAAGGGCAAUCUAGCUGGGCAGAGCGUUUCUUCGCAGUUCAGCCUUGCUCUUGUACAGUAACCGAGCUAACGCAAAGCAAAGCUGAGCCUGUCCUGCCAACAGAGAAUAAUUCUGGUCAAAACCAAAGGCUUCCCCCUAAUCCCAGGAAACAAAGGAAAGAAGAGACUCUUCCAGUCGGAUAGUCCCUUUUUCAAAUGUUUGUUUUUGUUUUCUUGGCCGGCGCUGUAUUGAAUUUUUCCAACAAUGGCUGGGCCGGAUUCCCAGUCAGAGCCUUUGGGAGGGUUGCUCAAGUCCAUGAGCCCGUGUAGUCAGCCCAACCUCCAGUGGGAUGGAGUAGGUGAAAGAGGAUUUGUAUUAGAGCUGUGCCAUUUUGUGUGCCCAGGUUUAUCAAGUAGAAAACUUGGAGAUACCCUGCAGCGUUCCUCCCCACCAGUUGGCCCCACACAAAUCAGAUGAAAAGGGUUUAGAAAUGAGUGACAAAAACAAGAACUGUCUUUUUUUAUACUGAAACUUUUUUCAUUCUUGCUUUGUAUUUGUUACUUGUCGGGUUCCUGAGAGCCGAGUUCGAUACAAAAUAAUCCUAGUGGGGAGAGCAGUUGUGUUUCUGUCUAAUGUGGGCCUUGGGAGGGGUCUACUGCUGGCACUAUUAUAUAUGGGCUCUUGGCAUAUCCCAAAGCUCAUUGCUCUUCAUGCAUUUUUAAAAAUCGACAUUGGCCCAUGCUAGUGACAGAGUAAAUGGUUCUGUCCUUUAUUCUCUCCAGGUUGGAUGAGAGUGGUGACAGGGAUCCUGUCCCGCUUCCCCUCCAGGCCCUUGCCACAGCUCUAUCUUAGCCUGGCAUGAUGUUAUUUGAUUUACCCAGGUUAGGGACUUGUUGCUGCCACGUUCAGCUUUGCCUUGUUUGUCUCCAGCAGCAUGGACUUCCUUGAUCUCCUGCUGUCUUCUCCCAGCAGGAGGAGUUAGGGGAGGCUUUAUUUUGUACUGUAGCAAGCAGGUAGGUUUGUUUUAAAUCCAUCAGAUAGUUUGGGGAGGAGAGCCCCUAUUUACAUAUGGCAAUUCCACAUCUGCAGCCUGCUCAUUACCCCACCUUCAGUAGGUCAGCCCGAAGUACCAAGGGGCAUUGCAGAGACUUUGGGGGGCUUGGUGAAAGUUGCCAAAGUGUUGUAAUGUUUCUUGUCCAAAGUGACGUGUCGACUUUUGUGACUUUUUUUGGAAUGCCUUGAAUGGACGUGCAAAUGUU